UUAUUUCGGCUGCUGAUCCUCGACCCGAAAUUCCAGAAUUCCACUGCGAUUAUCGGAAAACAGAGGAGGGUUGAAGAAACGUAUUGCGGCCAUGGAUUUGGAAGGCAACCCGUCGCUUCUUGAAUUUCACAUGCCCGCUGAGUGGGAACCGCACUCCCAAUGUUGGAUGGGUUGGCCUGAACGGCCAGAUAAUUGGAGGGACAACGCAAUACAUGGCCAACGUGUAUUUGCUAAGGUGGCAUCUGCAAUUUCGGAGUUCGAAUCUGUGACUAUCUGUGCUAGUGGCGCCCAGUGGGAAAAUGCCCGUAGUCAGCUACCAGCAAAUAUCAGGGUUGUUGAGCUAGGAAUGAAUGACUGUUGGUUUCGUGAUACUGGGCCCACUUUUGUUGUAAGAAAGAGAAUGUCAAAUUCUGGUACUUCAGUGGAAGGCAAAGCAGUAGCAGGAAUUGAUUGGAACUUCAAUUGUUGGGGAGGUGUUGAGGAUGGUUGUUACGUUGAUUGGAGUCUUGAUCUUCAAGUUGCAAGGAAGAUCCUGGAUAUUGAGAGGGUUCCUAGGUUUUUUAAUAAAUUUGUUCUCGAAGGUGGAAGCAUCCAUGUGGAUGGAGAAGGGACUUGUCUUACCACAGAGGAGUGCCUCUUGAAUAAAAAUAGAAAUCCAGAUUUGUCGAAGGGUCAGAUAGAGGACGUACUUAAGGCAUAUCUUGGGGUGAAGAAGAUCAUUUGGCUGCCUCGUGGACUAUAUGGUGAUGAUGAUACAAACGGUCACAUCGAUAAUAUGUGCUGUUUUGUGAAGCCUGGAGUGGUUCUGUUGUCGUGGAUUGAUGAUCAAACUGAUCCUCAGUAUGAAAGGUCUAUAGAAGCAUUUUCUGUUCUCUCAAAAGCUACUGAUGCCAAAGGUAGGAAAUUGGAAAUAAUAAAACUCCACGUGCCAGGGCCACUUUAUUUGACAGAUGAAGAGGCUGCAGGAAUCGUCCAGGACGGUGAAGCUAAAGCAAGACCUCCCGGUUUGAGACUGGCUGCCUCUUAUGUGAACUUCUACAUUGCAAAUGGAGCAAUCAUUGCCCCUCAAUUUGGGGACCCGAAAUGGGACGAUGAAGCUAUCCGUGCCCUAGCUGGAGCGUUUCCAAAUCAUAAAGUAGUGGGAAUUGAAGGUGCUAGAGAGAUUGUUUUGGGAGGGGGAAAUAUACACUGCAUUACUCAACAGCAACCAGCAGUUACUCCUUGAAUUUUUUUUCUUUAUAAGAAACAAAAUAUGUGUAUUCAAAUCAAGACAGCCUCUAGAAGGGAAACAAACGAAAGGCGGAGGGUAGAGCUAACCCUCUCCAAAGUUCUAUAUACAAUCACCGCUUUCCAAUCUUGUGUAAGCAAAAGAAGAUUGUAGUUACAAAAAACUUUCUUGUGUAUUAAA